AUGGCUUGCUCCAGAAAGAAUCUCGAGCCUUCACUGUCCCUUGAAAAUAGUCAUGCAUAUACAUUCCAAGAUGAGGACCCCAGCAACCGGCCACCAUAUGUCCUGACACCGCUUGAUCAGUACGGUGACAUCAGAUGGCGAGCCCACUGCCAAUGUGGCAAAGUGUCAUACAGUCUAAGGCGUGAGCGACCGUUGAAGGCUAAAUUCUGCCAUUGUCGCGGGUGUCAAGUUUUGCAUGGCGCGCCGUUCCAGUGGGCAGCAAUCUUCCCGAAGGAGGAUGUUCGUUUCGACAAUGGCACAGACGGUUUGUCGUUCUACGCAGCCCGAGAGAGAAAUACGAAAUACCAAACGCCCACGAAGGUAACUUGCGCUACCUGUAGGACGCCAAUCAUGGACGAAGGACGUAAUAUGUGUCUUUUAUUUCCACAGUUGAUCGAUUUCUCCACUUCGCCGGAGGAGCAACGGGAGCGUGUUUCGACAUUUUUGCCGUCAUGUCAUAUCUUCUACGAGAGCCGCUUGAGGGAUAUACACGAUGGAAUCCCAAAAUGGAAAGGGAUUGAUGAGGACAGCGAGCAACUUGAUGACAGUGGAAAUCCUUUGAAACGUUAA